AUCGGGUGCAAAGAGUCGCGAAAACAUCGAUUGAUGACGUUUAUUUUACCCCUUAUCAGCUCCUUAUAUAAAAAAAAAUAACUUCGGGUUUUACUGUUGACUAUUUAAUUAUUAUUAGAAAUUACGAAAGCUUUCAAUAAACGUAUUUAUACACCAGUUGUGUAAAAUAUAUAUAAGAAAUAAAAAUUGUCAAAUAAAUCAGUCUCGCAGUAAACGAUAAUCAAAACUACACAACAAAUGUUGACGUCAAACUCAACUGUUCCUAAAUGAUGAGUGAGCGAGUGAAGUUGAUAGUACAUCUUGUCUGUGACUCAUUUUAAUUGAUUUUUCGCUUAUUUAAUUUGUCCUUCAGUUAAGAUCUUUUCGUAAAACGAUUUUUGUGAGAGUAAACCAUCAUACGACUUAAUGGCUGUGUGAAAGAGGAAGUUCUGGUUUAUUAACAAUUUUAUCGUGACAAUUUUUUUUUUAAAUCACCAUCAUGAGCAAGCACACAAGUCUCUUCUACACAGUGGAAGUUGGCGAUUCAACAUUCACUAUACUAAAACGUUAUCAGCACCUACGACCUAUUGGCUCAGGUGCUCAAGGAAUUGUUUGUGCCGCCUGUGAUACACUUACAGAUACAAAUGUAGCUAUUAAAAAGCUCAGCAGACCCUUCCAAAAUGUAACUCACGCUAAACGAGCCUACAGGGAAUUUGUAUUAAUGAAACUUGUAAAUCACAAAAACAUAAUUGGCUUGCUAAAUGCAUUCACCCCACAGAAAUCUUUAGAGAGUUUCCAAGAUGUGUAUUUAGUGAUGGAGUUGAUGGACGCCAACCUAUGCCAAGUUAUACAGAUGGACUUAGAUCACGAGAGAAUGUCUUACCUUCUUUAUCAGAUGCUGUGUGGCAUCAAACACCUACACUCUGCUGGGAUUAUACACAGGGAUCUAAAGCCUAGCAACAUAGUUGUCAAGUCAGAUUGUACUCUAAAGAUUCUAGACUUUGGAUUAGCCAGGACAGCAGGCACAGGAUUUAUGAUGACACCUUAUGUGGUCACACGAUAUUACAGAGCCCCAGAAGUAAUUUUAGGGAUGGGUUACAAAGCUAACGUUGACAUCUGGUCAGUUGGUUGCAUCAUGGCUGAGCUUAUUCGAGCAACAGUAAUGUUUCCUGGCACAGAUCAUAUUGAUCAAUGGAAUAAAAUAAUAGAACAGCUGGGUACACCUAGUCAAGAAUUCAUGGCUCGACUGCAAACAACUGUGAGAAAUUAUGUUGAAAAUAGACCUAAGCACACCGGAUUUAGUUUCGAAAAGUUGUUUCCAGAUGUCCUUUUCCCUCCAGACAGUGCUGAACAUCCUGGUCUGAGAGCUACCGUAGCAAGGGAUUUGUUGUCCAAGAUGUUGGUUAUUGACCCUGACAGGAGGAUCUCAGUUGAUGAAGCACUCAACCACCCCUACAUCAAUGUUUGGUAUGAUGAGAGGGAGGUCAAUGGGCCAGCACCAGGCCCCUAUGACCAUGCUGUAGAUGAACGUGAACACUCUGUUGAAGAAUGGAAAACACUAAUUUAUAAUGAAGUUAUGGAGUAUGAAAACAGAGACAAAAGUAAAGAUAAGCAAAGUGCUAUGCAAAAUCACAGUGAUGGUGCAAACAGCAUGGAGACUGGUGUGGGUAAUACAGAGAAUGCAUCCAGAGUAGUAGGGGCAGCCUCGGCAACAAAUCCACAGAAUCAUCACUAAUGAUGGCUUUAGUCUGUAUAUAGAUCUUAACUUUUCCUGCCCCAAACAUCACAACAUCCAUGUUCCAUCCAUGAACCUGUUUCUGGCACAUGCACAGACUAUUCUAAGAAGAUUUCCAUUUCCUAAAACUGUUCAUGUGUUUCAGCUUUGGUUCAAUCAUUUCUCACCAAAAAAUUAAAAUUUUGAAAAAAAAAAUAUAUUUUUUGCCAUGUCAAUUUUAGUUAGAAAUAGGUAGGAAAAAAUUAAUAGUUGUUCUUUUAUUGUUAAAUCAGACAUUUAAAAUACACAAUGAAUAUUUCAGCU